UGGCAAGAUGGGGCUGCGCGCGGGAGGAGCGCUAGGCAGGGCCGGGGCGGGCCGGGGGGCAUCCGAGGGGCCUGGGAGGAGCGGCGGCGCGCAGGGUAGCAGCAUCCACUCGGGUUGCAUCGCCGCGGUGCACAAUGUGCCGCUGCGCGUGCUCAUCCGGCCGCUGCCGUCGGUGCUGGAUCCGGCCAAGGUGCAGAGCCUCGUGGACACGAUCCGGGAGGACCCCGACAGCGUGCCCCCUAUUGACGUCCUCUGGAUCAAAGGGGCCCAAGGUGGUGACUACUUCUACUCUUUUGGGGGCUGCCAUCGCUAUGCAGCCUACCAGCAGCUCCAGCGAGAAACCAUCCCUGCCAAGCUCGUGCAGUCCACCCUGUCGGACCUGAGGGUGUACUUGGGUGCGUCCACCCCUGACUUACAGUAACAGCCUCUUUCGCUCGUACCACAAAAAUCCAAGAAGACUCACCUGGCCUCCAGCCAGCCAGGGCAUCCGAAGGUGUGGCAGGGGUGCACUCUCUUUGCCUCUGGGGGAGAUCGGACUCAAGGCACCCUCUUCACUAGCUGCAAAUCCUUGGACUUGCUUCCAAACAGGGAAGCCCAGUUCCCACCUCUCUGAAAACGGGGGUCAGUGCCUUGCACUAAGGGAUUAUUGGGAGAAUUAAAUGAGAAGGGAGAUGGGGUUUGGAGAGCCACAUGCUGCUGGCUCCAAAUUCCCCAGGAAAAGGAGCCUUCCUCAUUUUCAUCUUUAUAUACCAUAUUUUAUGGAAUACGUUCAGCUGCAAGUAUGGGAGAACCUAGGUUACAGUGACUUAAACAGGGAGGUUUGUUUUUUUCAUAUAACAUAAAAUCUGGAGGCAGAUAGCUAUUGGCUUUGGUUCAGCAACACAGCUAAGUUAAAGCUCAUGUCUGUGA